AUGGGCACCCCAGAGGAGCUCAGCCUCGCCCUCGCUCCGUUGCGCGUCGGCGACGAGCGGAUCGCCUUUCGCCGUGGAUCGGAUCGUCAUCCUGCAUGCUCGUCCAUGCGCGUCAACGGCAGCGCAACGGCGCUCGGCAUCGUCCCGGCAUCCUGCGUAGCGCGUCGACGACGAACAAGAGCGCGGCCGCGUUCGAUGCCACGUCCAACGCGACGGAGCCAGCGAGGGUGCCGAGUCUCUCGGCAUGCCAACGACCCGGGCGGCUCGCCGACCAUGGUUGCCGACCCUUCCGCCGCCGGCGUUGAUUGGUCCGGCCGGGCCAUUGGCCGGGCGAGCAGAGGGAGAGACGCAUCCUCUCGCGACUCGGACGGUGACGAAGCGCAGGCUUUGGCGGAAUCAACGACUACUGUGUUUGUAACGGAUGAUUGCACUUUGCAACGGAUGAUUGCACUUUGCAUUGGUCGUCAUGCCUGUCGAGAGAACAUGCGCAUCGUCCUGCGCGGAAUUUGCCAGCAGCGUUGCGGCCAUGUCGCAUCGUCAUUCGUCCGCCGGACGGUCUGCAGCGUAGCAGUCGAGCACCGGCGGAGGCGUGUUGGUGGAUUGUCGCCACCGAGGCGCCUCUGCGUUUCAAACCGGACACCACCCGCGCACACCGUGCACGCCACUCUUGGUCUCGCAGCAGCCGACUAUGGAAUCCACCGGAUGCGAAGCCAACGACAGUCGGCCCCCCCGUGCAUGCCCGACAAGGGUCAAGGGAAGAAAGCAACGGCCCGUAUCCGCCGACUCGGUGCUCGAGCUCUCCUCUCCCGCGGCCAAGCUGGAACGCGGUCCAUCACAUCGACGUACCCGCCUGGGCCAACGGCAACGACGCGGCCGGGAAAGGCUUGA